CAGAGACAUGGAUAUUUGCAGAUCUUUGUCUCAUCUUUGAAUCGGAAUCAAACGCCAAAUCUUAAGCACGACAAGGUUCAACAUAAGAAUAUGUUAGUUUGCUGAUAUAUAUUCUACAUCAAGUUGGCCGAAGUCUCCUUUUGUUGUUAUAGAUCAAAGAAUUAGCCUUAUCCAAUGCGAACAUCUCAGAAACAUACAUUUUCAGAUGGGAGUCAGAAGUUUUUCAACCAGCCCGUGCAAGAGGUAACCUCGUUUGUUAGGCCUCCCCUUCAGAAUUUAGACCACAGCUUAUGCUCUGAUGAUAGCAGUGAAGGAGCGCACCUUUCUGUGGAGACUUUUGAACAAUACUGCACCCUUGAUUCUUCCUCCGGAACAGGUGGUUACCCUGCUGUUAAUUCUCCAUCUACUGCCAGUUUUUCACCUCCAAAGAGCCCAAGUUCAUGGCCAAACUCUCAGUUGUACGCCUCGGACCUAAAACAUUCACCUGACGAAACUAGCCAGUCACCAGUACAUGACUCUUGUGUUAUAGAUGAUGAGGAUGACCUGAGGCACAAGAUAAAAGAAUUAGAAAGUGUUAUGCUUGGACCUGAUUCAGACAACUGUGACGUAUACAGCAACAGCAGUCCAAGUGGACUCCAAAUCUUGCCAGAGUCAGAAAAGUGGAACUACGUGAUUGAGAUGUUGUCCAGAGGAGACUUAAGAGAGGUGCUUUGCAGUUGUGCAAAGUCUAUAGAGAAUAGUGAUAUGUACACAACCGAAUGUUUGAUGACAGAAUUACGCCAGAUGGUGUCUGUUUCUGGUGAGCCUGUCCAACGUUUAGGAGCUUACAUGUUGGAGGGGCUUGUUGCAAAGUUAGCCUCCACAGGAAGUUCUAUCUACAAAGCCCUGAGAUGCAAAGAGCCUGCUAGUGCUGAACUCUUCUCAUACAUGCACUUACUGUACGAAAUAUGCCCAUACUUCAAGUUUGGAUAUAUGUCAGCAAAUGGAGCAAUUGCUGAAGCCAUGAAGGAUGAAAGUGAAGUCCACAUAAUUGAUUUUCAAAUUGCACAAGGAACCCAGUGGAUCAUACUUAUUAUUGCUCUUGCUUCUCGGCCAGGAGGGCCUCCAAAGGUCCGAAUUACAGGCAUUGAUGAUUCAACAUCAGCUUAUGCCAGGGGAGGAGGACUUGAAAUUGUGGGCAAAAGACUGUCAAAGUUGGCAGAAGCAUACAAGGUACCUUUCGAGUUCCAUCCUGCUGCAAUGUCGGGCUCCGAUAUCCAACUUGAAAACCUUGGAGUUCGACCUGGUGAAGCUAUUGCUGUGAAUUUUGCUUUGAUGCUACACCACAUGCCAGAUGAAAGUGUGAGCACCCUGAAUCAUCGAGACAGACUUCUGAGGUUGGCGAAGAGCUUAUCUCCUAAGGUGGUCACUCUUGUUGAACAAGAAGCGAAUACAAAUACUGCCCCAUUUUUCAAUCGUUUCCUUGAGACAAUGAAUCAUUAUGCAGCUAUCUUUGAAUCAGUUGAUGUUGCUCUACCAAGAGAUCACAAGGAUCGAAUCAAUGUUGAGCAGCACUGCCUGGCCCGGGAGAUUGUCAACAUUAUAGCAUGUGAAGGACCUGACAGAGUGGAACGUCAUGAGCUUCUAGGCAAGUGGAGAUACCGUUUCCUGAUGGCAGGGUUUACACCUUAUCCAUUAAGUCCUGUUGUGAAUGCAACCAUCAAAACUCUGCUGGAGAGCUACAACAACAAAUACACGCUUGAAGAAAGAGAUGGGGCACUCUUUCUUGGCUGGAAAAACCAAGCUAUAGUCACUUCUUGUGCAUGGAGUUGAUAGGCCACUCUGAUUGAUGGAUAUUCACAGGUCUUUGUUUAUGACUUUUGAGGUAGAACUUUUGGAAGCAUAUCAUGUUAUUUCUUGUCUUAUAGCUUGAUGCUGUUGUAUGAGUAUGGUUUUCCUUUUGCUAAAUAAAUUAGCUUCCCGGCUUCCCAACA